AUGGUUCGCACGUCACUGACACCACGACACGGACUGGCCGGGCGCUCCUGCGAGGCCUUGGACAGCGAGCACGCCUUGUCAAGGACUUGCUCGCGCCUGUUGACCAUAUGUAAGUACUGCAAUGGCCAGGAGAAUGGAGGUUCAGGUCUGCAGAGUCAGCGGGCGCCAACUCGGCGAAUACCAUGCUGCCUGCUCGCACGCUUGGACAAGGCGAUACGGGCGGGGGAAAAACCCAAAGUCAAGCGCAAGACUCGUGGAUGGACGUUGCAUGGACGUUGCCGCUCGCAAAUCCUCCAUGCUUUUCCCGACGUUCUUCAUGCAACGGGCCAAGCCCGCCGCCAUGCCUGCCAGGUGGACGCGCAGCCAUCCAGGGCCAUCCAGGGUGGGCAGAUGUGCGUUUUAGUGGCCCCCCACUCCUCCGCAGAGGCCCGAGUGCCCUCUAGCCAGGGGCACAGCGACACUGAUAGGGCCGUGGCCUGCUGGAGCUCCGUUAGCGCCCGCGCCCGGCGGGUCGUGAUUGGCCCCCUGCCGUCGAAACGCCUGCGCCGCGGCCAAUGGGCGCCUGGCAGCGGCCCCUGCACCGCCCCGUUCGCAGGCGGGCUGGUGCUCAUUUCAUUUCCCAGGGCAGGGCAGGCCACCAUCCAUCGCCUCUUCCACCGCCGCCUCCUCUCUCCUGGCCUGGCUCCAUUUGCUUUGCUUUUCUUGCCCUGCCUGUUGUUUGUUGCCGUUUUCUCCUUCAUCAACACCAUCGCCAGGCCGUUGCUGUUGCUUGGUUCGCCAACCUCGAGGACGCGUCGCUGCAUCCUCUCGUCAUUCAUUCAUUUGUUGCUCCUCCCCACGCCGCUCUCUACGACUAUACUCGGGCCCCGCCCAUCCGACUCACUCCCUUACCCAGGAUCGUCCGGCUUCAUUCCUUCAGCCGGCAUCCGUCCAGUCCUUCCCCGUCGCACCGCCUAG